ACCUGCGAGACAAACAGAUUUGGGUUACAGUCAGCUCCCUGGGAAUGAAUUCACAAAGAAAGAGAAAGAAAAAGCCCUUGACUAGUGGCUCAGGGCCGGGGAGUAGGCUCUAGGAGCCGCAGCCCCAGCGCCGGUGGCGGGCUGGCAAGUGAGCCCACCCCGGAGGAGGCGACGUGCUCGCCCUCCCGGCGCCCAGCGGGUUACGUACUUAGGGCCAAAGCUUCACGGAGGUGCCUCCCCCUAAUCCUUGCCAGCAGCUGAGAGCCCCCCAGACCCCUCCCCCAGCAGCGGGUCACAGCGCAGGCCCUCCCGGGACAGGCACCUCCCUCCUCACCCGCCCCUUCCCGACUGCCCGCCCUGACACGGGAGGGGAGACCACCCGGAAAAAGAGGUCAGGGUUUCUGAACACCGAAGAAAUUCUACAUAAACUUCAGUGUCCCGCAAACCUCCCCUUAGGCGUGGGGGUGGGUAGGGAAGAACUGAACCUUCAAAGCGAGAUCCGCCCCACCCCCACAAAAAGCACAAGUUCUUGAGGAUUCGGUCAAUUGGUCCUCCUGUGGAGAUGAGUUACAGUUUCCGCCAAAACGAGAGUCUCGGAGAGACUAGUGCAGAGAAGCCCAGGGAGCAGCCCAAGACUGGGCACGGAGGAGGGAAGGAGGACCCUGACACAUCCGAGGGCGGCUUCUGCACCGCCGCCACCGCCGCCGCUGCUGCUCCAGAUGUGCCUGCCUGCCCGCCUGCCGCCAGCUCGGUCCCCCCUCCAGGGGCAGGCCCCCAGGUUCACCUUAGUCCCUCUCAUCCGCUGGGAGAUGGCCGGGGGGUGGGGGGCAGGGCGACCUCUUACCUCGACCCGCCCCUCAGGCCAAUCAAGCGACUAGGUGGGAAGGGAAACUCCCCGGCUGCUCAGAAACCUCCCACCUCACCUCGGGCUCCGCAGCCGCAGCCGUUUGGGGGUUGGUUUCUCCAGGCGGGAAUUAGAUUUCCUCCGCCCUCCCUAGAGGUAUUCCUCGGCUUCCCAAGAGGGAGAAAAAGGAAGGUUCAGGCCUGUCCCGAGAGGAAAAAAGGACUGUUCCCUCCUGUCCCGAAGCUCGACUGCUGAAGGGAUUUUUGUCCAUGCUCCGUCUUUUCUCUUUGGCACUAAAUACGGACUAUAUGGGCAGGAAAUCCUAGCGAAGAGCUGGCUCUAGAGGCGACCACACCUCGGCUUUCCAGUGAUUACCCAGACUGACGCAGCUUGAAAUCUUCCAUAGAAGCCUAAGGUAAUCACGUAGGGAAAAUCACUGAUUUCUGUUGGGAUUAUAUUUGGUUCUGUGAGUAUAAAUAUCUAUGAUGCAUAGGUUAUUUAAGUCUUAAUGAGAGUUUACUGUACUCUGGAAGGUGUCAGGUAAAAUGACCUAACUAAUCCCUUCUCUUCCCCCUACACAUUUUCCUACCAAAUUUCAUCAUUGUUGGAGUAUUUGAGUAUUAUGAAAGACAAUAUUGCUCAUAUAUCAAUUCUUUGGGUACAAAUGUUCAUUUUCCCCAUUAAGAGUUUUGAAAACAAAGCUCAAAAAACUCCAAUUCAGAUUUUGCCUUCAUAUGGCAGUCAAUAUUGGAGAACUAAACUGUUUAAAAUCUCCAUUGUAUUAAUGGAAAAACCUAGUAGGUGAUGGGAGGAGGAGGAAGUUACAAUUCUCUUAUUUGAGAGAAUUUAAGAUUUCAUUCAUAUGGCCUGACUAGUAAGCAAUUCUUUAGAAAGAUCGACCUAAAAAGUUAACAAGGAGGAUGAAGUGUGUCUAAGAUUAAUGAAACUAACAAAUGAAAGUGACUAUUUAGGGAAAAAAUACUCUUUCACAUGAUCAGAUUUUACUGCUUUUACCUAUAAACCACUGCAAGUCAGUUGUGAAGCUGAAGGGGAUCUGGGUUUGGAGACAAAGGGCGUUCGUUUCUUACUUUUCCCAUUCAUUAGAUAUAGGGUCUUCUGCAAUCCACUUAGACUUGUUUUCUUACCUGUAAAACGAGGGGGUUAGACUAGAUGAACUCUAAGUUUCCUUCUAGUUUUGUAUCUAUGAUCUUGUGAUCCAAGAGUUUUGGAGGUUUCUAGUAGAGUGACUGUUCCUGGCACUCAAAUUUAUUGGAGAGUUGAAAAGUCUCCCAAGAAGAAGUAGUGAGUUGAGGAAAGUGGCAGUGUUAGAUAAAGUCAGCCAAAAGUCACAAAAGAAUAACAAAGAACUGUAUAAUUUCCUUUCAAGAAAAAUAUAGAACUAUAUUUGUGUUUGAAUAAGAAAAGCCCCAAUAUAAAUGUAUUAUCAUAUACUGUGAAUAUGUCAUGCCAAGGAUGGAUUGGUAAGGAAAAUGGUAAAAUUUAUAACCACUACAUUCUCUGCACCAGUUUAGACUUUUACAAGAUAAUUUUAGGACAAUUUGUUUAUCUUCCAUGCCCAGCCCCCAAAUCUUUACACCAGUUGUCCCUACUCAGCUUAUCUGUAUUGUAUACUGCCAUGCCAUAGACACUACUUUCUAUUCCAGAAGUCAUGGUCAUAGAGUCAAUCCAUGUAGGGUCAGUUAGCUUUGCAAUGCAGAAAUCUAUUUCAGUGCUGUAUUCUACCCACCUAAAGUAGCCAGCAAAUCUCAUAAAAGUAGAUUGUUGAUAAUGAGGGAAACUAAGUUUGAAAAUGUAAAUAGCUCAGCACCAAUCACCCACACUGCAAACCAAGUGCAAACCAUAUUAACAGCAUAAUAUAUUUUUUCAACUUUCUUUUAUUUAC